AUGGCGGCACUCGAUCCUCUCUCUCCUCUCUCCCUCUUCAGCCCCUUCGCAUCACUGAGUGCCUCUUUAGCGAUGAGACUGGAACCAUUAUCUUCACUGCUCGCAAUGACCAAGAUCUAUGUUUCUAGGGAUUUUGUUGAAUUAAAGUUAAGGUGUUUCUUACAACGGAAUUGUAAGAAACUGGAGCAGCUAGCCGAGGGUCUAGACACGCUCCCUCUUCUCGAGAAGUUGACCAUCCAACCAUCUCCUACUCUAGAGUUCAUUCCGAUUGACCACGACAUGACAUCCCUCCGCGAAUUGAAGAUUAAGAAUUGUGAUGGAUUAUCUAGUAUUGGCCUGCUCGAUCACUGCACCUCUCUACAGAAAUUGCAGAUAUUGGAAUGUAGAAAUCUAACAUCCAUUCCAAUCUCACAGGGCCUUGCAUCCCUCCGCGAAUUGGAGAUUAGGAGUUGUAAUGGAUUAUCUAGUAUUGGCAUACUCGAUCACUGCACCUCUCUACAAGAAUUGGGGAUAAGCGGAUGUGGAAAUCUAACAUCGAUUCCAAUCUCACAAGGUCUUGCAUCUCUCCGCAAAUUGGGUAUUUGGUACUGUGGUUUGUUAACGGGCCCACCGUGUGGGAUUGAAAACUGUCCCUCGCUUCAGACGUUGAGGGUAAUGGAAUGCCCCAAGCUAGCAUCCAUUUCAUUUUCUACGGAUUUGAAUCCAUGUCUUAAGGAGCUGUAUAUAGAGGAUUGCAAUGGUCUACAAUCCCUUCCAGAUUUCCGCAGUUUCACAUCCCUCCUUGUAUUGGAGAUUAGAAAAUGUGCGGGGAUACAAAGUCUGGUAUGUGGGAUUCAUAUCCCGGUGUCUCUGGAGGAGUUGCGGAUUUCUCAAUGCCAUAACCUGGAGAGUAUUCCAAGUUUAGAUGAAUGCACAUCCCUCCGUCGGUUACAGGUUUGGGAUUGUGAGAAAUUGAAGUCUCUCUCAACAGGGCUGCGCUGCCUCGCUCGUCUGGCGCAAUUGGGUUUAGGUCCUUUUUGGGAGGAGCUCGACUCCUUCCCUGAUUUUCAAGCUCUAUCACAACAACUUGACAGAUUAGAGUUGCACGGGUGGCCUAAACUCAAGUCUCUUCCUCAACAAGUUCAACACUUCACUUCGCUGACAGAGUUGACUAUAAGAUCUUUCAAUGGAGUGGAGGCUUUACCAGAGUGGUUGGGCAACCUUGCAUCUCUCAAGUACCUGACUAUCGUGGAAUGUGAGAAUAUCAAGUAUCUACCUUCACUCAAAGCAAUGCAACGCCUCACCAAAUUAAAGGAUCUACGAAUUUUUCGGUGUCCACUUCUAAAGGAAAGAUGCACCGAGGACAGCGGCGAAGAAUGGCCCAAGAUUUCUCACAUUCCAUAUACCUAUCUUUGUAAGCUUCUUUCUGAUUAUUUUUCUUUGUUUGAACGGUUUUCAAGAUCACUACUUUUUAUGCGCGCAUGGCUCCAUUACUAUUUCGCUCACUAUACAGAAAUUCAAACUAGCCACUAA